AUGCCUGUCACCUGGGACGACGCGAAGGAGAAGCAGCUCUUGCUGCUCAUCAUUCAUCACACCCAGCCAUCGCCACCAUGGGCUCAGGUCGCAAAGGACAUGGGCGAAGGCGUUACGGAGGAAGCUGUGAAGCAAAAGCUGAAGAAGCUCAAGCUCGCCGCGAAGACCCAAUUCGGCGAGCCGACCAGCACUGACGGCGCUCCACCAAAGACGCCAGCCAAGCGCGGUCUCUCCAAGGCUGUCACCGAGACACCUGCUAAGCCUCGCAGCGCCGCUGGCAAGCGCAAGGCGAAGGAGGUCGAGCGCAACACCGAGGAGGACGACGAGGACAAGGCUCCGGCCAAGAAGGUCAAGUCUGAGGUUGAGGGUAGCAAUGGCGAUGACUAG